AUGGCGCCACGAGCGGUUUUCGUGACGGGAGCCAGCAGAGGGAUCGGCCUUGGAAUCGUCAAGGCGUUCCUUGAAGACCCAAGUGUGGAAAUUGUGAUUGCCGGCGCGAGAAAUGUCGAUGGGGCCGUGGUUUUUCUGAUUUUUCGCCUUGAAAGAGAUUUCUGAUCUUUUUCAGGACCUGAAAAAGAUCCAAGAAGUCGAUGAACGUCUUCACAUUGUUCAGCUUGAUGUAGUGGACGAUGAAUCGAUCGAUAAUGCCUUGGUUGAGGUGAAUAAUGAAUGGAUUUAAAAAUUUAGGGUUGAAAAAACAUAUAAAAAGAGAAAAAGUUAUUUUUUCAGCAUAGUUGUAUUGAGAAUUAAGGUUUUCCUAGCAGUUUGUAGGAAUUAUCCAUGGAGCGCAAAUGUUCCAAUGAUUUUUAGCUGAUUCAUCAAUUUUAAAUUUUUUUUUUCGAAGGGAAUCCAGUGUGUUAAUCAUCCAUGUAGCGGAUAUGAUUUGAAGAUUUCUAAGCCUUUCAAAAAUUUUUCAGCCUUUUUUCGAAUAUUUCGAAAUCGAAAAUUGAAUUUAUCCUUGAAGCGCGAAUGUUCCAGUGAUUUUUAGCUGUUUAUUUUUUUUCAAAGGGAAUCAAUCUAAUUUAGUAUUAGUUAUCCAUGUAGCGGAUAUGAUUUGAAAGUUUGCUAGCCUUUCAAGGAAUUUUCAACCCUUUUCCUCGAUUUUUUUCGAAAUAAAGCGUAUUUUGAAGUUUUUUUCUACGAUUACUAUCAAUUUUAUCCAUAUUUUUACACUAUUACGCCUUGAAACCUCUCUAAAUUUUGGUUUAAGAUCGACAAAAUUGUGGGCGAAGCUGGUCUGAACGUUUUGGUGAAUAAUGCCGGGAUUAUUGUGCCCUACAGGGCAGAAACGGCACCGGACAGGGCGAAAAUCGAGACCGCCAUGAGUGUUAAUGCAACGAGUCCGUUGAUUUUGUCACAGGUGGAAUUUUUUUCUCGAAACAAAAGUCUCGUUAAGAUUCAUGGGAUAUAUUACGGUUUUUCGAGUUUUUUCUCCAGCUCCUGAAGCGAUAUAAAUGGUUUAAUGUAUCUUUGUGUGCGUGUCAGAAAUGUGUUGAAUAUGUGAAUUGAUAGUGAUCAAAUAAUAGAUCACGUGAGAGAUAUCCCAACUAAGAGUAUAAAAGAAGUCGGGAACUCAGAUCUUGAUUGCUCGUACCGCCCACCAUUCGCCUCCAGCUCCUCCGUCGCUUCCAGCUACGGACUAAUCGACAACUACCUCUCCAAUCUCCACUCUCCAUCUUUAUUCACCACUGAUAAUAAAUAAGUGGCGAGUAAAGAUGGAGAGUGGAGAUUGGAGAGGUAGUUGUCGAUUAGUCCGUAGCUGGAAGCGACGGAGGAGCUGGAGGCGAAUGGUGGGCGGUACGAGCAAUCAAGAUCUGAGUUCCCGACUUCUUUUAUACUCUUAGUUGGGAUAUCUCUCACGUGAUCUAUUAUUUGAUCACUAUCAAUUCACAUAUUCAACAAAUGGAAAACAUGUUCAGAAGAUCGCCGGAAGACUUCAAAAAGCCGCCAACUAUUAUUUUGAAAAGACGGGGGACGAUAGUUUGUCGGCGAAUAGGGCGGCGAUCGUGAAUAUCGGCUCGGACAGCUCUUCGAUGGCCCUCAAUGACGGAUCCGGGCAGUUUGAAGUCCUGGCUCAUCGGAUGUCCAAAGUAAUGUUUCUAAUAGGAAAGAAAUGAAAAGAAAAGUUAUAUAUAAGCUGCAAAUAUCACAAAAUGAUCUAACUCGUUUAUAGAUUACUUUUCUUUUUGAUUCUCUUCGAUUCGAACUAAAAUAUUUUUGAAUAAGUGGAGGCAAAUAUAACUUUCUUGGUUCUCUUCCUCCACGCCACAGAUCUGUCUGUGAGCGAAAUAAACAUUUCAUUUCAUUUCGCCCCAGCUUGUCAUGAUUUUCGUUCCCCUCCGAGCUAGAGAACUAUUCCGUUCGAAACGCAUAGAAUAUUUCUCUGCCUGCGUCUUUUUUUCGGCCUAAAAUUUCCGUUAUUUUAAAGGCGCAGCCAGAGACAAUAUCGCGCACAUCGAAGGGAUGGGUUCUGUGGCUCAGAGGAAACCAGAAAUCUUGAUAAGCUUGCGCGGAAUGGGCUAUACUUACAGUGCUGUUGAAAUCAAUCAAUAAUCAUUUUAACUCAAAUAGACUUUCUCUAAAAAGAUGAUAUUUUCUGUCGAUUUCGAAAUUUUUGUCUGGAUUUAUUGAAAUUUAGCCGAUUUUUUUUUUGAAAAAAUUGCUUCAUGAAGUCUUUCUUCUUGAAAAAAAUAGAUGGAUUUUCGCGUCUGAACCAGUUUUUGACCUGAAUUUCAAUCAGCUGUUGAAUUUUUUUAACUCUCUAGGAAAUUGAGAUUUUUUUCAGCUUUUUCAAAGUUAAUUUAACAGUUUGAAGCAGUUUCGAAGAAAUCACUUGAGUAUCGAUUCAGAAAACAGCGAUUCGAAACAAUUUUAUGAAAAAAAGAACCAAUUUUUUUCAUAGGAAAAAUAGCUUUUGAAAUUCAUCAAUUGUUAUGAUAAUGUAGCUGUCAAAAAUGGGGUAAAACUAAUAAAAAAAGUUAUUUUUUUUUUUUUUUGAAGGUUCAACUGUUUUUCGAUUGUUUCAGGGGAUUUUUUUUCUCAAUUCUCAAAAAUAUUUCUCAAAAAAAUUGCAAACAGAUUCAAAAAAAUAAGUGUUACUACUGAUUUUCUUGUCUUCAAUUUUUCGAAUUUUUUUAACCCAAUAAACAUUUCUUCAAGACCGCCCUGCUGUCUUUCACGAGAACCCUCGCCAUGGACUACAAAAAGGCCGAGAUUCCAAUUUUGGUGACUUGCCUCCAUCCAGGAUGGGUCGACUCAGAAUUGGGUGGUCCUGAGGCGCCGGUUACCGUAAGCCUUUUCUGGAAUUUUCCCGAAAAUUUUGAAUUUUUUAGGUGAAAGAGUCGACUGGCGCCCUGGUCAAGUCGAUUUUCAACUUGACCGAGACUCAUGCCGGCAGAUUGUUCGAGAGGGACCUCACUCCGAUGCCUUUUUGA